AUGGACCGCGGAGCACGGGCGCUUGCCAUGUCCUUGCUGCCAGACCUGGUCCAGUCUUUGCAAAACAGUCUCCCGCAACACGAGGACUGCUUGCUGCGAGACCGCAAGAUGUUUGUGGAGGGACCGCUGGACCUGAUCCUCGCCUGGCUCCGACUGCUCUUGAAGGUACUCACACAAGACCGCCAGAAAAUUCGGCAAGAUAUCUCUGUUCUGACCAGUCUGCUGUGGUCGCUGGCGCACAACGUGCUCUUCGAACCCGCCGGUUCAGCGCCGGUGCUGCAAGAAACGCCAGAUCAUCUUUUUGUGCAGGGUUAUCCUUUCCACAGUGUUCUGGAGAACAUCGAGCAGUGCGCAAGAGAGAGACAUGACAUGUGGCGAAUGACGCAGCAA